AUGGGCAUGAACAGUGUGAAAAAGAAGGUGGUGGCGUUCGUCAUGGGAGCGAGCGGGUCGGGAAAAUCAAAGCUUUGUGUCCACUUAGCAAAUCGUAUUGAGGGAGAAAUUACCAACUCUGACAAGAUACAAGUUUAUAGAGGACUUGAGGUUUUGUCAAACAAGAUUGUUGAGUGGGAGAAGCUUGGCGUGCCUCACCAUUUGAUUGGGAAAGUCGACCCCGAUAAAGAAUAUACGACUCGUGACUUUUGCUUUGAGGCCACUUCUGCAAUCGAGAGAAUCACAAAGUCCGGCAAGGUUCCGAUCGAAGGAAGAGGAUCCAAUUCAUUCCUUGAAGCAUUGGUGGAGGACCCUCUUUUCAACUUCAAGUCCAACUAUCUUGGCUUCUUCAUUUAG